AUGGCUCCUGUUGACGAGGUAUUCUCGCAGCUGCAGGGCUUCGUCGCAAAGAGCGCAGCGGAGCUCAGCCAGGGAGUGGAGCGCGGCUGGCACGGCGCCGUGGCUCGCUUCGACGCUGCGCGUCGCAACCCCGUGCCGUCCCCCCUACCCCUUGCCUCUAUCGCGGGAGUCGACCGGAGAGGUCAGGCCGCAGACGGGCAGGCUGGUGGAUUUCGGCUGCCCGAUCCGCUUAGAGCUCUGCAGACCGUUAUCAGCGGUGGGAGACCAAAAGAGGCUGUUUUAGAGCCUAAGGUGCCCAGAAGGCGUAGAUUUCCCGCCGCUGAUGGGGAUUCUGAAGGGUUAGUUCUGGUGUCUAAUAAAGCGUACGACGGUGACGGGUCGGCGUCGGACGCGCGACGGAAUCAGCUGCCGACGAUUCGCACGACUCUGUCGCGGGCGAUGGAAGCGGCGUACGCAGGCAGGCAGCGCGUGAGUGGGGCGGAGGCUGGCGUGGACAGCGAGAGAGGCAGGGGAAGGCGCGAGGGAGGCGCCGUGCUGGCUGGGAGUGCGCUCAAGGCGCGCGACGGACGGAGAUUCGAGGUGCGCGGCUCUCCUCUCCCUUCCCGCCACCUUCCAUCAUCCCUCAAAUUCUCUCGCCUGCUGGUUGCAAUCGCGUUACAAGGUGACUCUCCUUGCCCGCGUCUAUCCCUGCAAAAUCUGCUCCUACCACUUUCAGAAAAUAGUCAAGGCCAACCCUCCGCAGGCAGGGUCGAGGGGGGAGCUGGAGCAGUACAUGUGCCGCCUGCACAACAUCGUCAACCGCAGUCUCAAGAAGCCGGAGUUUCCAUGCAAAAGGGUUUCUGCGCGGUGGGGGUCAUUAGAGUGCGAGGAUAA